AUGGAUGAAGGUGGAGACAAACAUAGUGGUUAUCGUUGGGAAGGAGGGUAUGAGAGAACCUGGGAGGCGCUCAGAGAGGAUGAUACUGGUGCAUUAAUCUCCGGUUCUUCCGCGGCAAAACGGCUCUUUGCCAAGAAACGGCUGGCCCAAGAAGCGGGAAAGCGUAUCCACAUCGUCAGGCAUUGUGUUUUGGCGCUUGACUUGUCACGUUCGAUGGCAGAUCCCGAUCUUCGGAUAGAUCGCUAUCCGAAUAGAGCUGGAUGCGCGAUACGAAGUUUGAAAGAGUUUGUUCCCAAGUUUUUCGCAGCAUGUCCGCUUGGCCAGCUUGCACUUGUUAUUCUGCAGAAUAAACGAGCUAAUAUUGUGGUUCCUCUUGGGGGAUCCGAAGCGCGCUUGCUCAACGCGUUAAAAGACAUCGAAGUGAAGGGUUUCAAAACGGGUGGACAGUGUUCAAUGGUAAACGGAAUCGCGGCAGCGAAAUCGAUGCUCUCCGCAGUCGGCGAUCACUCAAAUCGGGAGAUUAUUUUCGUUGUCGGAUCGUUAAACACCAUCGAUGUUACGAGUCCAUUUUCGACCAUUGAGACGGUGGCAAAUGGAGGAAUUCGUUGCUCCGUUGUGUCUCUCUCGGCAGAAGUGAAUAUUUGGAAGAAGCUGACAGAGCGGACUGAUGGAAAGUAUUUUGUGCCUCUUGAUCCUAUCGACAUUUCCGACAAGCUUGAGGAGCUGACGAGGCCGCCUGUUGAGUCGUCUGCCAGACAGGGUGUUCUAGUGAAGAUGGGAUUCCCACAGAAAGAAACAGAUGAUAAAUAUAUUUGCCCCCAGUGCAGAACAAGAGUUAAAGCAAUCCCAACGUUAUGUGACGUCUGCAGGUUAUCCCUCGUUUCUGCAGCUCAUCUCGCUCGGUGCUACCAUCACCUCUUUCCUCCGUCAACAGUUACGCCUUCUAUUCCGGAGCAGAAAGACGAAGAGAUCGAUCUUGAGCUCGAGCGCAGUCAGUUCGAUCAGAUCAAACCCUGCGUCGGCUGCAAUUUCGCUCCUUCUACUGUUGAGCAGGGUCGACAAUUUGUCGUCUGCGACAAGUGCCAGAGCUCCCUGUGUGGCGAUUGUGACGGCUUCAUAGAUGAUCAUCUGCACUCCUGCCCUGGCUGUAUUUAA